AUGUUAAUGAGAGCUGUACACGAGGUUUGUAGGUUUCUACAGUUUUGUAAAAUUGCUGCAAAAGCGAGUGCGAGCCGCGAAGCAGAAGUGUUUACAGCGACGACCGAACUAGAGCCUUUAAUUGAAACUCUCGGAAAAGUAACGAAUGAUUUAGAAAAUUACAUAGAAAAGGAGAAAAAAAGAUUGAACGUUUUGGAAAACCAGUUACGACUAUACAAAAAAGAAUAUGUCUCAUCUACGCAAGAUGUUCCUAAGUAUUUGGAAAAUCCUAUAAACGCUUUUAAAAUCAUUAAAAGGCUCACUACAGAUUUAAAAUUUACAGAACGGAGCAUUCAUAUUGGCGCAGAAAACAUCAAAAGCGUCGCCCUAUAUAGCGACGAUUUAAUGUAUCCCACACUGGAGGAUCUAAAAGGCUCUGUGGCAGCCCUAACUAGACUUAAAAAUACGUAUGAGCUCAAGAUAAACGAACUAGCUGAGGGUAUACUGGCUGGCGAAGCAUGCAGUAUUCCAAUGACUAGCAGCGACUGCUUUGUACUUGGCAAAACCCUGUUUGAAAAGAGAAGGUUUAAAACUUCAAAACAAUGGUUGAUGGAGGCUCUGCGCAAAUACGAAGCAGAAGGCGAUGUCUAUGACAUUUCUUUUGUCGACAUUCUCCAGUAUAUUAGAAAUACAUACUAUAAAUUAAAUAAAGAUAAAGCAGCAUUGGAGUGGACUAAGAAAAUAUCAGAAUUGAAUACAAACAGCACAGAAACGCUUAAAGUAAUAGGGAAUUUUCACGGAGAUGUCGACAAAAAGGAAAACACUGAAGCAAAUAACCGCACUAAAAUAGAGAAGGAUGAGGAUUUUUUCAUGGCACAAGUAUUAGCCCAUGAGGUGAAAGUUUACGAAGCUUUAUGCCGCGGUGAUAUAGAAAUACCUCAAGAAAUUAGCAAAAGAUUAAAAUGCACAUUUCUGACGGGAACUCAUCCAUUUCUGAAAUUGGCGCCAAUAAAAAUGGAACAGAUGUACAUAGGGCCUGACAUCUACGUGUUCCAUCAGGUUAUAAGCGAUGAGGAAAUCGAGCAUAUUAAGAACAUGGCGAAACCGAAGUUCCAGCGCGCUAUCAUAUUCGACCCCCAAGGGAGGUCGCGGCCCGCGCACUACCGCAUCAGCAAGUCGGCCUGGCUGUCGGACAGGGAGUCGCCCGUGGUGGGGCGGCUCUCGAAGAGGAUCUCCCACUUCACGGGCCUCGACAUGGGCACAGCUGAGCUACUGCAGAUCGGCAACUACGGCAUCGGCGGCCACUACGAGCCACACUUCGACUUCGCUCUGAGCCACGUAAAACCCGUGGGUCCGUUUAACGAAAACGUCGGGAACAGAAUAGCUACGGUCUUGUUCUACAUGUCUGAGGUGGCGCAAGGCGGUGCCACGGCGUUCACGGAGCUGGGCCUAAGCGUGUUCCCGGUGAAGAACUCUGCCCUGUUCUGGAUGAACCUGCACCCUUCGGGGGAAGGGGACAUCUCCACCCGCCACGCCGCUUGCCCCGUUCUGCGAGGGUCCAAAUGGGUGUCGAACAAAUGGAUCCAUCAAGUUGGUCAAGAGUUCCUCAAGCCGUGCAAUCUUGAACACCAAAAAGAGGGGGUUAUGGGAAAGGAUCCUAUACCCGUAAAAGCUAAAGCCAAAAGCGAAGACCAUAAUGAACUAUUGUAUAGUUGGUAUCGUAGCGGUGGUAUACAGAAACUGAUUAAUCGUAGGCAGGAACAACACUUAAAUGAAGUCCAAUCC